AUGACGAUCAGUGAUGAAACUGCCAUUACAAAUUCCGACAUAAUUGAAGAUGACAUCUUUCUAUCUCUUGCCAAAUACGAAGACAUCAUGGAUGGGACCUUAAAGACCCACUUUCUUAUUGAUGUCAUGGGGAAAAUUGUAAGCCUUGAACCAGUUCAAACCGUGCAAGUGAAAGGAGAAGACCGGAAGAAAGUUCAGUUUCGUUUGGUUGACUCAAGUGGUAAGGACAUUGCAUGUUGUUUGUGGGGAAAAUAUGCUGAGCAAUUGGAGACUUAUGUUGAACGUGAACAACCACUGAUCUGUUUGAUCAGAUUCGCCAAAAUAAGUUUCUAUAGAGGUGAGGUGCAAAUAACAAAUGCAUUUGAUGCGUCCAUUGUUUAUCUUGAUCCAACAAUGGAAGAGGCAUUAAAGUUCAAGGAAAAGCUGAUGGAAGGCGAACUCCCUCUUUCUCUUAUUGAGAAGAGAAAUGGUAAGAAGGAGGUUGUUUUACAAGAAGAGGACUGGAAUGGUCUUGAGAUCAAGACGAUCUCUGAACUCUUUGUUGCAAAUCAGGUGGAGAACUGUAAAAUCAUUUAUUCAAUUGAAGCUAUUGACACUGAUUGGUCGUGGUUCUAUUUUGGGCAUAAAGGUUGCAAACAUCGUGCUAUUAAAAUUGGUAAAAUUGUUCCUUCAAGAUUUAAGCUUCAUUUGAUUGUGAGGGAUGACAUAGAAACAUGUAAGCUGAUGCUGCUUAACACUGUUGGUAUGACCAUUGUUGGACAUGAAGCUGUUGAUCUGUGGGAUGGCCCCUAUGAUGAGGUGCUCAUGCUGGAAGUUGCAAGCCAUAAUGAAUCAGAAGAAUGCAAAACACCUUUUCCAAAACGCAAAGAGGAAGAUGCUGAUCUCCCAGACAAAAUAUCAACUUCUAAAAAGUUGUGUCGAGCCUCAAUCAAAGUGGAAAAGGAAAACGAAGAGUAA